AUGCAGCAAGGACGGCCAUUUGGGAUGAGGUUCAACAACACGGCGCAGGAAAAGAGAGAAGACAAAGAGCUAAAGGCAAGCAGCGCCGUCCGCAUCAGAAUGUGCACCUAUGCCAAAGCUAUGAUGGUUUUGUGCAACCUGCUAGUCCUGAUGGCCGGUGGAGGUCUGGCAGCUUUAGGAAUUUGGAUGGAUAGAAAUGGAGAUGCAAUCAUGCAGGUACUGGGGGUUUUCUCCAUGAACGCAAUCUACUCCAUCAAAGUGGACUAUUACUUCAUUUCUGUUGGAUUUGUGAUGGUCCUGCUUGGACUUCUGGGACUAUGUGGAGCGAAAAAAGAGAGCAAAUGUCUCUUAGUAACGUACUUCUCCGUCGUCAUUAUCAUAUUCAUCGCCGUGCUGUCAAUUGGAAUAUUUGUUAUGGCCUAUUCUUCACUGCUCGAGAGUACCCUAAGAGCACGGGGCAAGCCAGUUUUACAGAAACAGUUUGGAAAAGAAUACUACAUUACAAACAUGUGGAACAAGACCAUGAUAAACGUAAGUCAGUUGCAGUGCUGCGGCUAUAACAACUACACCGACUUCAACGGCUCCUAUUAUGCUCAGGCGAACAACGGCUCGUACCCUCCCAGCUGCUGCACCAAUAACAAUGUCAACUGUGAUUCUGCCAACGCACGAAACAGCACCAUAGACGUAAGGAAUCACACUACAGAACCUAUGGUAGCGAUGUUCAUGUCCUUGUAUCUCUACUGUUACCUGGACAAAGAUGCCACAUAA